GAGUGUUAUUUAAUUUGCCCUACAGACCUCAACGAUAGUGCGAACAGAAUCAACCUACGAUUGGUGACCACCGAACGUUUUCUUUUGUGAGGAAGCAACGCGCACGCGGCUGAAACGAAUCACGCGUGUUUUUGGUCGGCAUUUUUCACGGUGCAGCAACAUCAAUUUAGCUACCUUAAUUCGCCAGCGUCGUGUUUUGACGUCUGGGAAAAUUUGUUUACAACAAUUGGAUCGGAACUGCUUUAGAGUUGGAAGCAUUCGUUGAGCUAUGGAAAUUGAGGAUUUCAAAUAUGACACUGUUUUCAUGGAAGCCCUCCAGGAGAAGAAAACCAUUGUUGGGUUCCUGGAGUUGGUUUUCAAUUUCCUGGCAAGAAGAACCGAUUUUUACUAUGAAGCAAAGAAUGAAAGUGAAGGUUUAGGAUUCCCGCCAGGGGUGAAGGAGAAGAUCGUUCAGCAAGUAUUGUUCAAUUGCGACCCGAAGCAUGUAACCGCUAUUAGCAGGAUCCCGGAGCAGCAUGGUGAGGUAGCCAAACGUGGAAACUCUCCUCCUUCCCUAGCGUGCUCCCCGGUGGAGGAAGCUGAAAUUGUUACUAGUCCUUGUGAAGUCGCUGUGGAAACCGUAGUUGAGACGACACCUUUUCAAUUCCCACCACAAUCUGCAUCGGAAAUCAAAGCGAAUAACAAACCAAAACCCGCUAUUCUUGGCUUCCAGCAAAACGAGUAUUAUAACGGAGCGUGUUAUGAUAAUUACUGUUGGUCGCAAACCAUAACCGAAAUAGAAGUUUACGUGCUUUUGCCGGAGCACAUUUCAUCGUCGAAGCAACUCAAUAUUAAGAUCGAGUCAGAUUACGUUUCCAUUGAAGACAAGGUCAAGCCGGAAACGGAAAUAUUGAAAGGAAAACUGUCUCUGAAGUGCCGUAGUAGUAGCGCCGUGUGGAGCAUAUCCAACAGGAAAUUGCAGAUAACUUUAGACAAGUUGAAAGAAGUUUGGUGGGAUCGAUUCCUUGACACUGAACCGAAACUAAACCUCUCAAAGAUGGACUGCUCGCGGCCGCUUGAAGAACUGCCGGAAGAAUCACAAGCGGCCAUAGAAAAGAUCCGUUGGGACCAGCAGCAGAAGGCGCUAGGCCUUCCCACUUCGGAAGAUUUGAAGAACAGGGAGCUGCUGAAGAAGGCCUGGGACGCGGAGGGGUCGCCCUUCAAGGGAACCGCCUUUGAUCCGUCCCUUGUAAAGUUCAAUUAGGAUAACGACUCAGCCAUGAAUUCAAUAAUUAAAUGUUUGUUUUACCCAAAACGUGU